AUGUGGUUGCUAGUGGCGUUGCUGAGCCUUUCGGUGUUGGAGGCCGGCAGUACGCCGUGCGAGGAGGCGCGCAUGCGGUGCGCGUACCGGACCGGCUGCGGCGCCGCGCUCAACAACUACAUGUACCUGUGCAACGAUGUGCUCUCCAAGCCCACCACGGUAUGCCCCAGGGCUUGCGAGCACGCUCUCAUCGCGUUGACUUCCACCGAAGAGGGCAAGGAACUUAUGAACUGUCAAUGCGAGGACGAGUACUGCGUGGAGGCUAAGCAGAGAAUCGAUGUGUGUCGCCCGCAAGUGUUGAGGGGUGCAGCAAACGCGACAUCUUCUUGUCGCCUGUCUCAACUCAUCUGUCUAGCUGAUGCGCAGUGUGCGACUGCGUUAGACUACUACAACCAGUUAUGUAGAUCAGUGUACCGCGGCAGGAAGUGCUCAAAUAAGUGUCGGAAUUCUAUACAAAUAUUGAGGAAACAGGAGAAAGCGGCGGCCUUGACAGCUUGUCGCUGUGAUGGUAAUGAGGAUUACGAUUGCCCAAGGAUGCAGAACAACCUCGCUAGACUGUGCUUCCACAAGCACUUAAAGAACCACACGAAGAGUCACGAGAAGGGAUAUGAGAAUAAGCAUAAAAAGAACCAUCAUCAAGAGACCCCAUCCGCAACGAGUCCUUUCGCCAUGAGAAGUGUCAGAGACUGGCUGGACACAAAUUAUGCAAACAAAUGGAUAGGACGAGGUGGGCCGUUGCCAUGGCCAGCAAGAAGUCCGGACCUAACCCCCAUGGAUUUUCAUAUCUGGGGGCGCAUGAAAAGUCUUGUCUACAGCGAGCCAAAUCCAGUUUCGUCUGUGGAAGAAUUAAGAGAAAGGAUUGUGGAUGCAGCAAAUAAAAUGAGGACAACAUUGACCACUCGAGUAGUGAAGACUGGUCUCCGUAGAAGGAUGCGACAAUGUAUUAGAAACAGAGGCGGCCAUGUUGAACAUGAACUGUAG